AUGGAAUCUGUAAACCAGUGCCACUGCUGCCUGCAGCGGCCUUCGGCGAAAGAUUUGUGGACACCGUACACUCGUCUCGGCAUAACGGAAAUAUACUCGGUCAUGAUCGAAGAAUGUUUUGUGAUCAAAUUGUGUCUGGAGCACCUGCGGGAUGCGUGCCUCUUCAAGAUGCAGGUGCAGUACUGCCAGGCCGAGCUGCAGGAGAGGUUAGCGGGAGGACUGAGGGUCAAAGAUGAGGAGUGCUGGAUCCAGCCGGCUGAAGAUAGUGCGUGCAGCGAGCCUUCUUUAUUGGCUUCAGCCGGCGAGUACGGAGCUAGCUCGGCGCCUCUGUCCCUGCGCUGUAGGCAGCAGCUCGCGCUGGCGUGCUCCGUGAGGCUCGAGCGCCUCCGCCACUCCCCGCGCGCGAGCCAGCCGUGUCCCGUGACACGAACCCACACUGGGGAGAAACCAUACAAAUGUAAAGAAUGUAACAAGCAAUUCGGACGAAAACAGAUUUUAGUUAGACAUAGAAGAACUCACAGUGGGGUGAAACCAUAUAAAUGUAUAGAAUGCAAUCAGAAAUAUGCAGAUAAGGAAACAUUAGAUAAACAUAUAAGAAAUAAUCACACUGGAAGUGAAACAACACAAUAUAAAUGUAAAAAAUGUAAUGAGCAAUUUACACGUCGAGAGAAUUUAAAAAUGCACCGGAGAAUUCACGUUGGAGAGAGAUAUGUCUGCGACCAAUGUAACAAGCAAUAUACAAAAAAGUCAAAUUUAAUUAGACAUAUAAAAGUUCAUGCUCCAGAAAAACGAUACGUGUGUGAAGUAUGUACCAAGAAGUUUACCCGUAAAGCUCAUUUAGAUAGACAUUAUAUAGUGACACAUAUUGGACGGAAAGCAUUUACAUGUAAGGCGUGCAACAAGCAAUUUGCACUUAAAUAUCAAUUAGAUAAACAUGAAAAACUCCAUAGUGAAGACAAACCAUACAAAUGUAAAGAAUGUGACAAGCAAUACGCACAGAGACAUACAUUAGAGUACCACGAAAGUCGAGUCCAUAGAGGCGAAAAACCAUACAAAUGUAACGAAUGUAACAAAGAAUUCGCACAAAAGGCAUCUUUAGUUAACCAUUUACAAAGCCUUUGUGUAAAUUAUUACACAAAGGCUCAAACCGAAAGGAUCAAACCGUACAAAUGUGAAAAAUGUAAAAAGGAAUUCACACUAAAAAAAAAUUUAACUCUCCAUUUAAGAAGCCACACAAACACGUACAAAUGUAAAAAAUGUAACAAGCAAUACACACACGAAAAUUCUUUACGUUAUCAUGAAGGAACGCAUAGUGAAGUGAAACCAUACAAAUGUAAAGAAUGUGAUAAGGAAUUCACAAAAAAACUAUAUUUGGUUAACCAUGAAAGAGUUCACACCGCAGAGAAAACAUAUAGAUGUGAAGAAUGUAACGAGGCAUUUACACAAAAACGUAGUUUAAAUGAUCAUGUAAAAAUUAAACACAGCAGUAUAAAAGACAACGUACAAUUCAAAGAUAACUUCGUUGCUUAUGAAGUCUACGUCGAAGAACUACCAUCCCGCUGUAAUGAACGUAACCAGCGUUUAUGUCAAAGAGAUAUUUUAGAUACACAUAAAAUGAGUUACACCGGAGAGAAGCCGUAUAAUUGUGAAGAAUGUUACAACCAGUUUACAUUAAAAUCUGAAUUAGAGAGACAUAAAAAAAUUCAUACCGAUGAACAAUCAUACGAAUGCGAAAUAUGUGAAACAAUUUUCUUCAAUGAAAUAAGUUUAUUCAAACAUAUUGAAACGCAUAAAGCCAAGAUACCAUAACCUUGUUAAGUUGUUUUGUAAAAGUGUUAAAUAUAUAGUUGGUCAAACCAAAUUUAUCAGUAAACAAGAAGAAAAAAAACGGCCAAGUGCGAGUCGGACUCGCCCAUGAAGGGCGUUCCGUAGCAGCAAGUAACAUAAUAAAA